CUCACUAAAUAAUUAACAUUGCAAAGGGAUGGCUAUGGGAGCUCUCUUCAACCUUGCCCUAGCCACCCUCUUCGUCUCUGGGGUUCAUUCGGCUAUUUUCACAAUAAAAAACCACUGUCCCUACACUAUUUGGCCCGGAGUAUUGACGGGUCAAGGAUCGCCAGCGUCCUCGACUGGGUUCGAAUUACGCUCUCAAGCCUCCUCAACGGUCAAUAUUCCUGCCCCUUGGUCAGGACGGGUUUGGGCUCGAUUCGUCUGCGCCAACGCCGGUGGAAGGUUUUCUUGCCGCAGCGCAGACUGUGGCACAGGCCAAGUCGCAUGCCGCGGCGCUGGUGCGAUUCCACCAGCGACUCUGGUGGAGUUCACCAUUGCCGCAGGUGGCGGGAGGGAUUUCUACGACGUCAGCCUCGUCGACGGAUUCAAUUUGCCGGUGUCAGUGGUCCCACAAGGCAGGCUAGGUUGUCGAUCCACGAAUUGCCCCGUAGAUAUCAAUGCCCAGUGCCCAGGUGAGCUGUCGAUAAAGAACACGGACGGUGGGACCAUCGGGUGUAAAAGCGCGUGUUUGGAAUUUAAGCAGCCGCAAUUUUGUUGCACCGGCGCGUUCAGUUCGCCGAACACGUGCAAGCCCACGGGCUACUCUCGAUUCUUCAAGAACCGGUGUCCAAAUGCUUAUAGCUACGCUUUUGAUGAUCGAAGCAGCACAUUUACCUGUGGGGCUGGAACAAACUAUCUCAUCACAUUUUGUCCUUGAAAAUGAGAUUCCAUACCAAAAUUACAAAUAAUGUUCGUUAUGGUAACUAAAAAUAAAGUUACUUUUCUCACAACAAGAACAUAAUAAAGUUGACUUAUAAUCCAUUUGGUUACUACAAUUUCGUGUACUAA